AUGUCGAAUCCCAGGAAAGACUUUGACGUGAAACAGAUCUUGCGCAUCCGUUGGCGAUGGUUCGGCCACCCCACGUCUCCUCCUUCUCCCGGUAACCAGCCUUCGGGAGAUCUCUUCAGCAGCAGCGGUGGUAAGAGCCGGGGGACCGGAGGCUCCUCAUCAGGCGGUGAUCAGCCUUCCCUCGGCGGCUGCAGCAAUUCCAGCGCCGCCGCCGGUGCCAGUUCGUGUAACGGCAACUCUUCCUCCAACACAAACAACAAUCGAAAGUUUGGAGAUUCGGAUCCAAAUAGCGGGCACUCAGCAGCGGCAGCGGUGGUAGUUACUGCCUCCGCGUGUCCUCGGUCCAUGAGCCAGCAGGAGUGCCGGAGCUCCCCGCCGGCGCCUUGGGUCUUCCCGGCUCACUCGCGCUCCAGCGAGAGCCUGGAGCCGCUCCUGCAGCUGAAGCAGCAGCAGCAGAAGCAGAAGCAGAAGCAGCAGUCCACGCGUGUAAAAGAUGCCCCUGGCCCUGGAGACGAGGAGAACAACAAUAACGUGGAGUCUGACUCCAGCUCGUGCAGGACAUCUAACAGCAAUGCGACUUUGUCCUCAUGUGCGUCGAUGGAGCCGUGUGUGUCAGAUGAACAUUUCCAGGCACACAGUCACGCUGAACACACCUUCAGACGCAUGGAGGCUUACCUGAGGACCCGGAAACUCUGUGAUGUUGUCCUUCUUGCCGGAGAACGCAGAAUACCUGCACACAGACUGGUUCUUUCGUCAGUGUCCGAUUACUUUGCGGCCAUGUUCACCAGUGAUGUCCGAGAGGCAAAACAAGAGGAGGUCAAAAUGGAGGGUGUGGAUCCAGAUGCAUUAUGGGUCUUGGUACAGUAUGCUUACACAGGGUGUUUGGAGUUGAGAGAGGACACUAUAGAGAGUUUGUUGUCGGCCUCCUGUCUUCUGCAGCUGUCUGCGGUGGUUCAAGCCUGCUGCAGUUAUCUAAUGAAACAACUCCAUCCUUCCAACUGUCUGGGCAUUCGAUCUUUUGCAGAUGCCCAGGGCUGUCUGGAACUCCAUAAGGUGGCACACAACCACACCAUGGAGCACUUCAUGGAGGCCAUGAGGCAUCAGGAGUUUCUGCUCCUGCCUGCAUGUGAGGUGGAGAAGCUUUUAGCUUCUGACGACAUGAACGUUCCAGAAGAGGAAACCGUGGUAACUGCUCUCCUUAGCUGGGUCCGCCACGAUGCUCCCUCCCGCCAAUCACAACUUCCUGCUCUUCUCGCUCACAUCCGCCUACCCCUGCUUAAACCCCAGUUUUUAGCCGAUAUGGAGUCAAAUCCACUGCUAAGAGACAGUGUGGAGUGUCAGCGGCUGGUGAUGGAGGCCAUGAAGUAUCAUUUGUUGCCAGAGAGACGGCCACUUCUCCAGAGCCCGAGGACACGUCCACGCAAGGCCACUGUCGGGGCACUUUUCGCUGUGGGUGGCAUGGAUGCCACAAAAGGGGCCACUAGUAUUGAGCAGUACUGUUUACGGAGGGACACGUGGCGGCAGGUGGCUGUCAUGAGUGGAAGAAGGCUGCAGUUCGGCGUGGCGGUUCUUGACGACCGCCUCUAUGUGGUCGGGGGACGAGAUGGACUCAAGACCCUCAACACAGUAGAGUGUUACAACCCCCGCAGCAAGAGCUGGAGCGUCAUGCCCCCCAUGUCCACUCACAGACACGGCCUGGAAUUCUGUGGUGGAAAUGACAUUGGUAGAAAGUAUGACCCAAAGACAGACGUGUGGACAGCAGUAGCUCCCAUGAGCCUCAGCAGAGACGCUGUGGGGGUGUGUCUUCUGGGGGACCGUCUGUAUGCUGUCGGCGGUUAUGAUGGUCAGGUGUAUCUGAACACCGUGGAAGCCUACGACCCCCAAACCAAUGAGUGGACACAGGUGGCGCCGUUGUGUUUAGGUCGAGCCGGAGCUUGUGUGGUUGCAGUGAAGCUUUGAAAUGCCUCCUGCUGUCAAUCAUCUCCAUGGUGACCGUCGUACAGUACAAGCCUCCAGGGCUCUUGAUGUAGUGUAUCCAGACCGAUCUGAGCAUCUGCUGACCAGAGCAAAGAAAAUAACUUCCUGACAUACAGCUGAAUACUCCGCUGUGGUCUUCCUUUAUGCCUUCUAGUAUGUAUUUAUCUAUUAAAAGCAGUUUUUUAUGGCUGUGCACAUUAAGAGAGACUUCCUCCUUUUCUGUCUCUGAUGAACAGGGUUUAUUUGAUUUAAUGUCCAUCCAUUCGUCUGUUUAUCUGUAUAUCCCUCCAUAUUU